CGGUCACUGCUGGAAGAGCCUGGGCUUCGACCUGGGGAUCUGUCACCAGAGUUGUCAGGGGGUGCCAAUUCCUUCUGCCCACAGGACAGAGGCCCACGGCAUGCCUGGCAUGUAGGGAUGUAUUUGAAAGUGUUACUACUUUACAGCUGUGUUCAGAAACGGUCUCAACACUGAAAUUCUGGAAGAGGAGUGCAGGAUCUCACACCUACGUGUGUGUGAGCGAAUCAUCCUCACAAGUUUUUACUUUUGGCUGAGGAAUUGCCACAAGCCACUGAACUUGGAAUCAAUCCUGGCUCUGCCUUAUGCUAUGUGAGUGACUGUGGGCUGGUUACUUGACCUCUCUGAACCUCAGGAGCUUUGAGACGAAGGUGAUGCGAGUUAAAGUAAAUCAUGGACAAACUGGGGUGCACAGAAGAUUCAGGCCUUGCCCAGAAUCAUGAAGCAGAUGGUGGCACAGUGUUGUAUCUCAAGCCAGGAUUCUUCUCCAGAUUUGACUUCCCUUCCCUGGACUCCUCAGAAGGACUUGAUGAAAGAAUUUGCCUGAAGGAAAUAAGUGGUUGGAGCUAAGACGCCAGAACCCAUGAUUGACUGCUGUAAAUCCACUGCCUACAUACCUCUGAUUCCAUUAUGGUGCUUGUGGAAGAAAGUAUCAUGAUAAAGCUUCUGUCAUUCUGUGUCGUUGAGUGAUUCUGAUGAGCAUAGCGUGCCCAAGCAGCCUACACAGGACUUGUAAUAUAGGUCCUGCUCUGGUCGCAGUGGGGGCCCAGGCUCCUGAGCCAGGCGCUGAGAAGCACGUGUGAGUAAGGCAUGUCCGCUGCCUGCAAGAAGCUUCCACCUGGUGACUCUUCAAAAAAAAAACAGUAAAACAAAACACGCACGUGCAAGACCCCAGCCGCAAAUUCGCAGUCACGCAGAUAUACACCAAAACCAGCUCAAUAAAAACAGCGCUCUCUGAGCCAAUAGCUGAAGCCAAUAUGUAAGUCAGCCUUUGCUGGUCUUCUGGCCUCUGCUAAAACACCUUGGCUAAUGGGGAGCUCAGGGCAGUCCAUUCUAUUACUGGCACUCUGGCAACUGGAAAGUGUUCGAAAAAAGUUGUUCUAGAAUUGUUCAGUGUGAGCUGAUUGAGCACAGCUAAGAAUAAUGUGUACAACGAAAUAAUAGCAGGGCCAUUCACUGAGCCCACACUGUGCCAGGUGCUUUAUGUGCAUUAUCCCAUUAAAUUCUCCUUCCUCUCGAGGAGGACACAUAGGCUCAGAAAAGUUAGGCCACCUGCCCAAGGUGACCCAGCAGUUUUGUGGAGGGGCUGGGGUUCAGUCGCUUUAGUUCAGAGUGUGUGCUUUAAAUAUUAGCCUAUACUGGUUUUUCACAAUCCAAAAGCAAAAAUAGCACACGUAACACAAAAACACUGUACAACAAACACAGUCACACACAAACCAACCACAUUACAAUAAAAGCAGCCCAAACUGGCCAAAUCUUAAGUACCCUUUGUAUGACAGGCAAAUCAUAAUUUUUAUGAUAAGGCCACUUUAACAACCCUAGGAGGAAACUGAGGCUCAUUGAAGUGAGGAAGAAUGGAUGUGGCCACAUUAGAAGGGGCAGAGCAUGUGUCCAAGCAUCAUUUCUGAAGUCUGCAGUCUCCCUCUACACCAUAUUGCAUGAUAGGAGGGCACUGUAGCAUAACGAAAGAGAAAACUUUUAUCAUUAUUACUAUUAUGUUCAACAUCGAGAGCUUUAAAAAGCGGGAUGUGCAUCCUCAGAGAUGAAUGAUCUCCCUACACUGGACGUGCCUAGCAAAGAUGCUUUAGAAGAGGUUCCUACACAAGAUAUUCCCCAGCGUCAAUCCGCAACCCAGAGACACAAACUUGGUGUUUUCGAGGCUGGAUGCUGGGUGGCAGGGAGGCCUCGGACACCCAGCCCCAGAGCACAAGCCCACCCAUUGCAGUCCUCCUCAACUCGCAUUUCCUUGACUGCUCCCCUGGGGGAGGAGGUAUUGGCGCCUGGCCUGGGCAGAGGGUCAUGUGGAUGUGGCGGACCCUCUGCACAUCCCAGUGGCCGCCCAUUCGCCCAGGCCUUGCCCUUUUUUGAGAACUGGGAGCUCUCUUGCUGGGUCUGUUCCCACCAACAGCGUUCCCAUCCAGGGAGCUUAAAAUAGUGCCUCUUGGCUGGGGCUCUGGAGUGAGCAGUGAGGGAGGCAUUUGUGCAAAUAUGGGCCUGGGAGAAGGACUCCUACCCCAAGGGGGUGGGGGUGUGGUGGGGUGGGCAGUGCGGCAGGAGAGCCAAGACCUCCAGUGGAGGAUGCACCCUCCUGGCCACAGCCCCCCUCCAUCUUGCAGUAGAGGCGCCUGCUAGUCUCCUGCCUCCCUGACCUUACUGGGUCCACUUGGGCAAAUCUCUACACCGAAUCCCGCAGGCCUUCCUGGCCCAGCCGAGGCUCCAGGGUGGGCCCACUGGGAACAGGGACCUCUACGUUCUUCUGCUGGUUCUAUCCUUGUCCCCACCUCCUACCUAGGAACACUCCAGAAGCAUCCUUUUGAAGGCCCAACUCAAAAGUUAUUUUUAAUAAUCACAGUAACAAUUGCAGCUGCCACUAAUUGAGGGCUUACUUUUGUCAAGCGCUCUGCUAAGUGCUUUAACAUGCAUUGUCUUUGGUCCCAACGACCAUCCACUGAGAGCCAAGUUACCAUUAUCUCCACUGUGCAGAAGAAACUAAGGCUCAGAGAAGUCAAGUAACUUUCCCAAGGUCACACAGCUCUGAAUUGGCAGAGGCAGGAUUAAAACUCAGGUCUGUCAACCUCUGGAGUCUGAACUCUUACCUCCUGAACUGCACCUCCUCCUCCAGGUCCCCGCUGCUCUGGGCUCCCAUGCUCCAUCCCAGCAUUAUCACCCUGUAUCACAUACAUACGGCUGUUUUGAUUCAAUGCAUCAAGUAUUUAGUGAAUGCCUACUGUGUGCCAGGAACAUUGCUGGGUGCCAUGCCCACACCUUGGGAGCUCUCAGAUCCUCUUGGAGGACUCUAGUUUGGGCUUGGGCUCAGUGACCUCCCUGACAUGCAGGAUCUGGUUUGAAGAUGUCAGGGUGAGGUUGAGGCAAGCACAGAUCCUCCUUGAUGAUCAGCUGCCUCCUUCCUGGGCAUUCCUGCCUCCUUCCUGGCUGUGAUUCUCCUCUCCUUCCCGCACAGCAGGGAACAGCACGUGCAGGAAUCAGACAAACUUGCUUUGAAUGCUCUGUGACUUUGGGCUCUCUGAGCCUCAGUUUCCCCAUCCAUAGAUUCGGGAUAAAAUUAGGACCUCGCCACAAGGUGGUUGGAAGGAUUUAAUAAAACAAUGCACACGAAGGACUUAGCACAGUGCCUGGUGGUCAGUAAGUAGAAUUAUACAGCAGCUAUUAUUGCUAAUUGUUUCUUUCUGAAAAUGACGGUGUCCAGGUGCCAGAUGCAUAGGGCCUAGCACGUGGUAGGUGCUCCAAGUGAAGGGAAUCACUGACACAGCAGACAGAAGCCCCCAACCCUCCCCACCUCUGCCCCCUCACUCUUGGCUGGUCGUGCUCUUCCUGAUCUGAUGUGGAAGGUGUCCCGGACACUGGUCCUCAUCAACAGUAGGGUUACUUGGGCAGCCGGGGGCAGGCAAAGGACUUUUACUUACCUGGUUCCCUCGUUUUCAGCCCAGGGUCCAUUCUAGGGAAAAGGGGUGGCUGGCACGGAAGUUCUGCCAGGGUUUGCCUGCUCCUUGGAGGUGUCUGGCUUUCUGGUGGCGCCACCUGGUGGUGAGUACAGAACUGCUCCUAGCUGGGCGGCAGCUAACGGACCUGGUGGCUCUGAGCACGACCAUUCCCUGACACUCACUCUCCAGCCCAUCCACCCCUUUCCUCAUUCCCCUGUGUUGAUCACCUUCUGAGAGAAAAGACCUAAGGACCCCAACUCUGCUGUGGGGCAGAGACCCCUGAAGCCCAAGUUCCCAUGCCUCCCUCAGGCCUGGCUCUGACCUGAGGGGUAGGGUCUCUAAGUGGUUGGCCAGGGUUCACCUUCAGGAUAUCCUUCAGGGCUGAUGACCUCUCAGUGGUUUCUAUAAACCAAGGCUAGAAGAAUGGCCCUCCUUCCUAGCCUGAGAUGGCCCAGGAAUGGGAAACCCAGUGAUGGUCCCUGGGCCCAUCCUUGACUCCCCACUGUACCUGCUUGGGUACACACAGAUCCCCCUCCACAUUGAGGGGGCUCUGGGACUCCCAGAGGGACUGGCCUGGCUCCUAGAUUCCCUCUUAAGCAGCCAAGAGGCCUAGCCCAGCCCAGAGCUGUAUGUAUAAAGUUUGGAGAAAACUAGUAAGAAUUAGAAGACUGAAUUGUGCUCAAACCAGCCUUACCCCGCCUUGCACCGACAUGCUGUGUGAGCUUGGGUAAGUAAGGCCUGUUGCUCCCUGGGCCUUGGUCUCCUUGUGGUAGAAUGGCGGUAGGGCAGGGAAUGAGCUAGGGGAUGGGCGAGGACCCCUAUAGCUCCCAGACUGGGGCCUUGUUAAGGUGCAAAUUCCUGGGCCCGCCCCAUCAGAACUCUGGGCCCAGGACCCUGGAAUCUACGUGAAGUUGGAAGCUGAGGCGGCCAAGUCCUGUCUUCGGGAGCCGGAAGCCAGCAGUGUGUGUCGCCAGCAGGUAAGGAGAGUGUGAUGCUUUCAGGGGUCCUGAGAAGCAGAGGAACCCCCUAGCAGCCCCAAUCCCCAUCUUUUAAUUUCUCCACCGUUCUGUGGAUGCAGGGAUGUGUCCCCGCCAGCUGCGUGUCUGUUGGACCCCACCGGCAGCAGCAGCAGAGGGACAGCAAGGAGGCUGCACAGGUUACAGCCAGGUUGCCCCCAUCCUUCGCCCCCUCGUGCUGGCUGUUUCACGUGUGAAAAGGACAGUAGUGGUGGGGCUGGGACAGCCUGGGGUGGGGCUGGGGGCCUUGUUACUUGAGGAAGUAUUUUCAGAGUCCCCCUCCCUCUGGAGUUUCCAGUGGUAGAAUAGAGCCCUGUCUAGUAUUUGACCAAAUAUGGUGGUAUCUCUCAUGAGCUCGAGCCUCAGCCAGCUUCUCAGUUAUGCUGUGGAAACCUGCCCCGGACAGAUCAAUCUUGUGACAUUCAGGAGCGCCUUGCACCCUGCGUUCUUCCCUCGGUGAUUCCUGUAAAUGGCCAAGAGUGGCCCUGAGUAGGACGGUGCAGUCCUGGAUGCCUGUUCACGGUGUCCCUCCCCUGUCCUCUUCACACCCCCUUCCCCCCUCUCCUCCAUCCCCCGGAUGCCGGGGCUGGGGGGGGGGACUUGCUCGCUCACAUUCAGCUGGGCUGCUCACUCAAGGGGAGAGAUCCAGACCAGCAGGGCUGGUCCGUUCAGCCCGUGAUUCCAGGAUGUGUAGACCCUGGGGUCACCUGAGCUCAUGAAAUUGUGGCCAGAGCCUGUGAAGCCCAGAAGUCUCUCAGCCAUGAGGGUGGGCCCGAGGGGGUAGAAAGGAGAGUUGGCUGAGCAAUGAGAACCGUGCUUUGCUCUGAUGCUAACGUUCCCAGUAACAAUUAUACAAUUAUUUUAUAAUGAUAACAUUCAUAAUAAACAGCUGUGUUUAUUGAGCACAUACUACGUGGCACUGUGCCAGUUGUUUAACAUGGGUUAUUUCCCUUACUUCUUGUGGCAGCCCCAAGAGGCGGCUACUAUGACAUCCCCAUCCUAGAGAUGGGGGCACUGAGACUCAGAAAGAUUUCAGGGAAAAAUGGGCCAGGCCACUGUCGAUUCCUGGGUAUGACUCCCAUUUUACAGAGAAGGAAACUGAGGCUGAGAGAGAAUGGAAGUCACAAGCAGCCACACAGGGGCAGGCCCUUGGAGUGGAGACCUUCUCUACACGAGGGGGAGUGUUGCAUCUGGAAGGCCAGGACAACCGGCCGUGAAGUCCUCACGAACCCGUGACUUGGCCUGCGUGAGAGCACACAGAUUCAGAAACAUGUUCAUAGCAGGCCAGAAUUGUGCAGAAAAUAUGCCAAGAAAAACAGAGUGGGGUGGUGGAUAAAGCCCCACAUGGGGACCAGAUACGAACCCCAGCUCUGUCAUCUCUCACUCAUUGUAUAAUCCUAGACAAGUCCUUUCUUCACUCUGGCCCCAGUUUCCCCUCCUGUGAACUACCAGUGUACUGGGGCCACGGAGCUCACCUGAGGCUGGCGAGGCUGGCUGAGGCUGGAGUGCCUGAGGCUGUUUCCCUGGGAGAUGGGGCCUGUGUCCCACUCCUGGCUAGCUCUCUCUGAGAACAUUUGAUCUCCUGACCAACGGACAGCCUGUCCCUCCUCCACCCUUGCCCCCUUGCCAUCCCCCAAACUAACGAAGCCGAUUGUCUCAGGCGGCCCUGUGGGUGCUGGCUGGGCGGCCGGCCGCAGGCCACAGGCGGAGGUGCCACCCGCCAGAGCCCCAUCAGACACACAGGGCAUUGUCCCUCAGUCAACAGCCCCUGGGCACCUCGUCCCAGCUCCUGGCCUGCCCCCACGCCCCUCACCGCCUGCCACUGCGCCAGGCCCAGCCAGCUGGGGGCCCAAGGCUCCCAGGCGAUGACGAGCCCACCCACCCACUCCCCCGGCAACCCCCUGACGAGCUAUAAUUGCUUCGCGCCGUCCUGUUGCUGCUAUUCUCCUGGCGGAGGCAUCUGGGGUUCCAGGCGGGUGGCAGCUGCAGGCCGAUCGCCUGGCUCGCAGGAUGGACUGGCCACACAACCUGCUAUUCCUUCUCACCAUCUCCAUCUUCCUGGGGCUGGGCCAGCCCAGGAACCCCAAAGGCAAGAGGAAGGGGCAAGGGCGGCCUGGGACCCUGGCCCCUGGGCCUCACCAGGUGCCGCUGGACCUCGUGUCCCAGGCAAAGCCAUAUGCCCGCAUGGAGGAAUAUGAGAGGAACCUGGGGGAGAUGGUGGCCCAGCUGAGGAACAGCUCCGAGCCGGCCAGGAGGAAGUGUGAGGUCAACCUGCAGCUGUGGCUGUCCAACAAGAGGAGCCUGUCGCCCUGGGGCUACAGCAUCAACCACGACCCUAGCCGCAUUCCUGCAGACCUGCCGGAGGCGCGGUGCCUAUGUCUGGGCUGCGUGAACCCCUUCACCAUGCAGGAGGACCGCAGCAUGGUGAGCGUGCCCGUGUUCAGCCAGGUGCCUGUGCGUCGUCGCCUCUGCCCGCUGCCGCCACGCACCGGGCCCUGCCGCCAGCGCGCAGUCAUGGAGACCAUCGCCGUGGGCUGUACCUGCAUCUUCUGAGACAGUCCUCCCUGCACCCCCGUGCCGAGCAAGGCAAUGAAAAGUAAAGGCUGUCUUUUGGAAAGCAAGACUUUGGGUUUGCUCCUUGUGGCUCUGAAGCCAAAACCGGGUGGGAGGUAGAUUUCGAUCAAUGUGAAGGAGGAUUUUUCCAUCACCCAGUGUUCUCCAGCACUGAGAUGGGUUAUUACAAAAAUAUUACAUUUCAUGUCUACCA